CGAAGAGCCGGAAAGGGAAGAAAAAAUCCCAGGAAAAUAAAAACAAAGGAAACAAAACCCAGGACAUACAGCUGAAGACAAGUGAGCCAGAUUCCACCUUUGCAAAUAUGAGAGAUUCUGUGGAAGGUCCUAAAGAAGAGGAGGAGAAGCCUUCGGCUUCAGCACUUGAGCAGCCAGCCGUUCUUCAGGAGGUGGCUGGUCAGGAUGUGCUUCCAGAACUGGUAACCCCUCCCGCUGCCUGUGAGCCGCAACCAGAACCAGACGAGAAAUUAGAAGCAACAAACUGUGAGGUGAAUGAUUUGGAGGAAGAGGAGGAGGAGGAGCAGGAGGAGGAAGAAGAAGAAGAAGAAGAUGAUGAAGAUGAGUUGGAAGAAGACGGGGAGGAGGAAGCUGACAUGCCAAAUGAAAGUUCUGUGAAAGAGCCAGAAAUACGGUGUGAUGAGAAACCAGAAGAUUUAUUAGAAGAACCAAAAAAUACUUCAAAAGAAGUUCUUGAAGACUCUCCAGAGGAGGUAACACCUGUUAUCAAAAUCCCGAAAACUAAGGAAGAGGCCAAUGGUGAUGCAUUUGAAACAUUUAUGUUUCCAUGUCAGCACUGUGAGAGGAAGUUCACAACCAAGCAGGGGCUGGAGCGUCACAUGCACAUCCACAUGUCGACGGUCAAUCAUGCUUUCAAAUGCAAGUACUGCGGGAAAGCUUUCGGCACGCAGAUUAACAGGAGGCGGCAUGAGCGGCGCCACGAAGCAGGGUUAAAGCGAAAACCCAGCUUGACACUGCAGCCAUCAGAGGACCCAGCUAAUGGCAAAGUAUCUGGAGAAAAUGUUACUCAGAAAGAUGAAUUGAAUCUUCCCAAUCUUGGGCAAGACUGUCUGAUCGUGAGUUCAGAGAAAGCUUCCCAAGAAACAGUAAAUUCUUCUAUUUUAGAAGAGAAUGGGGAAGUUAAAGAACUUCAUCCAUGCAAAUACUGUAAAAAGGUUUUUGGAACUCAUACUAAUAUGCGACGGCAUCAGCGUAGAGUUCACGAACGCCAUCUGAUUCCCAAAGGUGUACGGCGAAAAGGAGGCCUUGAAGAGCUGCAGCCUCCGGUGGAGCAGGCCCAGCCCACCCAGAAUGUCUACGUCCCGAGCACAGAGCCAGAGGAGGAGGGGGAAGCAGAUGACGUUUACAUCAUGGACAUUUCUAGCAAUAUCUCUGAAAACUUAAAUUACUAUAUUGAUGGUAAAAUUCAAACUAACAACACCACCAGUAGCUGUGAUGUGAUUGAAAUGGAAUCUAAUUCGGCAGAUUUGUAUGGUAUAAAUUGUCUGCUCACUCCAGUUACAGUGGAAAUUACUCAAAAUAUAAAGACCACACAGGUCCCUAUAACAGAUGAUCUUCCUAAAGAACCUUCCAGCAGCACAAACAGUGAGUCCAAGAAACGGAGAACUACUAGUCCACCUGUGCUACCCAGAAUUAAAGCCGAAACAGAUUCUGACCCUGUGGCUCCCUCGUGUUCUUUAAGUCUGCCUCUGAGCAUAUCAACGACAGAGACAGUGUCUUUCCAUAAAGAGAAAAGUGUUUAUUUGUCAUCACAGCUCAAACAGCUUCUUCAAAACCAGGAUAAACUAACUCCUCCUGUAGGGAUUUCAGCAACUGAAAUACCUAAACUAGGUCCUGUUUGUGUGUCUGCUCCUGCAUCCAUGUUACCCGUGACCUCCAGUAGGUUCAAGAGGCGAACCACCUCUCCUCCCAGCUCUCCACAGCACAGUCCUGCCCUUCGAGACUUUGGAAAGCCAAGUGACGGGAAAGCAGCAUGGACCGAUUCGGUUCUGACUUCCAAGAAACCCAAAUUAGAAAGUCACAGUGACUCACCAGCCUGGAGUAUGUCUGGGAGAGAUGAGAGAGAAACUGUGAGCCCUUCGUGCUUUGAUGAAUAUAAAAUAUCUAAAGAGUGGACAGCCAGUUCUACUUUUAGCAAUGUGUGCAACCAACAGCCACUGGAUUUAUCCAGUGGUGUCAAACAGAAGGGUGAGGGUACAGGCAAGACUCUGGUCCAGUGGGAAUCUGUAUUAGAUCUCAGUGUGCAUAAAAAGCCUUGUAGUGACUCUGAAGGGAAGGAAUUCAAAGAAAAUCAUUCAGUACAGUCAACCUGUAGUGCUGUAAAGAAAAAGAAACCAACCACCCGCAUGCUACAGAAGGUUCUUCUCAAUGAAUAUAAUGGCGUCGAUUUACCUGUAGAAAACACUGCAGAUGUGGCCAGGAGCCCAAGUCCUUGCAAGUCCCUAGAAGCCCAGCCAGAUCCUGACCUUGGCCCUGACGCUGGUUUCCCUGCCCCGACUGCUGAGUCCUCACCUGGUGUUUGUCCUUCGUCACCUGCCCUGCAGCCGUCUUCCCAUUCUUCCAGUCAGUUGCCUCCUCUCUUGGUCCCCACAGAUCCCUCGUCUCCUCCACCCUGUCCUCCGGUAUUAACUGUUGCCACUCCGCCUCCUCCCCUCCUUCCUACCAUACCUCUUCCAGCCCCCUCUUCCGGCACAUCUCCUCAUCCAUGUCCCUCGCCACUCUCGAAUGCCACUACACAGUCCCCACUCCCAGUUCUGUCCCCUACAGUAUCUCCCUCUCCCUCUCCCAUUCCCCCCGUGGAGCCUCUUAUGUCUGCUGCUUCACCUGGGCCUCCAACACUUUCUUCUUCCUCCUCCUCCUCAUCUUCCUCCUCUUCAUUCUCUUCCUCCUCCUCCUCUUCCCCUUCUCCACCUCCUCUUUCUGCAGUAUCAUCUGUCGUUUCCUCUGGUGAUAAUCUGGAGGCUUCUCUCCCCAUGAUAUCUUUCAAACCGGAGGAAUUAGAGAAUGAAGAUCUGAAACCCAGGGAAGAGCCCCAGUCUGCUGUUGAACAGGAUAUCGUUCAGGAAACAUUCAACAAAAACUUUGUUUGCAAUGUCUGUGAAUCACCUUUUCUUUCCAUUAAAGAUCUAACCAAACAUUUAUCUAUUCAUGCUGAAGAAUGGCCCUUCAAAUGUGAAUUUUGUGUACAGCUUUUUAAGGAUAAAACUGAUUUGUCAGAGCAUCGAUUUUUGCUUCAUGGAGUUGGAAAUAUCUUUGUAUGUUCUGUUUGUAAAAAAGAAUUUGCUUUUUUGUGCAAUUUGCAGCAGCACCAGCGAGAUCUCCACCCAGAUAAGGUGUGCACACACCACGAGUUUGAAAGUGGGACUCUGAGGCCCCAGAACUUCACAGAUCCCAGCAAGGCCCAUAUAGAGCAUAUGCAGAGUUUGCCAGAAGAUCCAUUAGAAACUUCUAAAGAAGAGGAAGAGUUAAAUGAUUCCUCUGAAGAGCUUUAUACGACCAUAAAAAUAAUGGCUUCUGGAAUAAAGACGAAAGAUCCAGAUGUUCGAUUGGGUCUCAAUCAGCAUUACCCAAGCUUUAAGCCACCUCCAUUUCAGUACCAUCACCGAAAUCCCAUGGGUAUUGGUGUGACGGCCACAAAUUUCACUACACACAAUAUUCCACAGACGUUUACUACUGCCAUUCGCUGCACAAAAUGUGGAAAAGGCGUUGACAACAUGCCUGAGUUGCACAAACAUAUCCUGGCAUGUGCUUCUGCAAGUGACAAGAAGAGGUAUACCCCUAAGAAAAAUCCAGUACCGUUGAAACAAACUAUACAACCCAAAAAUGGUGUGGUGGUUUUAGAUAACUCUGGGAAAAAUGCCUUCCGACGAAUGGGACAACCCAAAAGAUUGAACUUUAGUGUUGAGCUUAGCAAAAUGUCAUCGAAUAAGCUCAAAUUAAAUGCAUUGAAGAAAAAAAAUCAGCUUGUACAGAAAGCAAUCCUUCAAAAAAACAAAUCUGCAAAGCAGAAGGCUGACUUGAAAAGUGCUUCUGAGUCAUCGUCUCACAUCUGCCCUUACUGUAAUCGAGAGUUCACAUACAUUGGAAGCCUGAAUAAACAUGCCGCUUUCAGCUGUCCCAAAAAGCCCCUUUCUCCUCCCAAAAAAAAAGUUUCUCAUUCAUCCAAGAAAGGUGGACACUCAUCACCUGCAAGUAGUGACAAAAACAGUAACAGCAACCACCGCAGACGGACAGCAGAUGCAGAGAUUAAAAUGCAAAGCACGCAGGCUCCUUUGGGCAAGACCAGAGCCCGCAGCUCAGGCCCUGCCCAAGUCCCACUGCCCUCCUCGUCCUUCAGGUCCAAGCAGAAUGUCAAAUUUGCAACUUCGGUUAAGUCCAAAAAACCAAGCUCCUCUUUAAGGAACUCCAGCCCAAUAAGAAUGGCUAAAAUAACUCACGUUGAGGGGAAAAAACCGAAAGCUGUGGCCAAGAAUCAUUCAGCCCAGCUCUCGAGCAAAACCUCCCGGACCCUGCACGUGAGGGUACAGAAGAGCAAAGCUGUUUUACAAAGCAAGUCCGCCCUGGCGAGCAAGAAAAGAACAGACCGGUUCAAUAUAAAAUCCAGAGAGCGGAGUGGGGGGCCAGUCACCCGAAGCCUUCAGCUGGCAGCUGCUGCCGACCUGAGUGACAACAAGAGAGAGGAUGGCAGUGCCAAGCAGGAGCUGAAGGACUUCAGGAACUUCCUGUAGAAAAGCCCCCAAAACAAAACAAACCUUAAUUGACUAAAAGAUAUUGCAUGCUCAACUUAGGAUAAGCACUACGGCAAAGGAUACGAAAUCUACCAAGCUUGCAAGACCAGUUGAAGCUGACUCAAAAAUCCUAACACACAACCGAUUGCCAGCAGGCUUAGAGUCAGGCAUCUGCUUCUUCGGUGGUGCCCAACCCCGUGUGCUGGGCUCCUGGGUGAUUGAGAUCCAAAGAGGAGGGCACUGUAAGACGGGCUAGAUGAACUGGCUUCUCGUCACGGGACUGGUAACUCAGAUCUGAGUGUAGCCCUUGUUUUUGGCACAUAGGAGAGAAAGGAAUGAUUUGAACUUAACCUUGCAAAGCAAGUCCUCUGUUUUGGCAGUAGUUUGUUGUAGAUUUCAGGGAUGACAAAUUCAGAUGCACUCAUUUAAAACGUUUUGCUCACUUACCAGCUCUUGAUGCCUUUCUUUUAAAUGAAUUAUAGACAGAGAGAGGCAAUUUAGCCGAUCUCUUGCUCUGUUUUUGUUUUUAAAUCACAAGCAGAUUGCCAGCAUAAUGGAGAGGAAACCAGAUUGGAUAUGGACUUUUUUUAUGCCUCUUACCAUGUCAUGUUUGUAUAUCCAAAUGGAUAUUAUCUUCUCAAAUUAUUAUCUGGCACUAAUUUAUAACUAUUACAUAUUGUCAGAGACUAUGUAGCAGUAUGUGAAUGCACAGGGUGCAUCCCAGGCCUAUGAGAUGUCUGUCUACACAGAAGUAGAUAUGAAUUUACAUACCAGGUUUUACUCUUGAGUCUCUGUAGAGAUUAAAGACAACAAAUUGGCCUCUGCUUAAGUCUGCAAGUAUCAUUUCUCCAUGCAUUUUUCUGCACCCCCACCCCGAUUAAUGACUGAGUUGGUGGAAAAUGGCUAGGUUUUAUUCAUACUGUUUUUGUUCUCAACUUUAAAAGUAAUCUACCUCUUAAAAUUUGUAGUUUAAUAUUUGGUGAAUUUAUGCCACUUUAACCCUUUCACUAUCAUUCCCAUUUUGUUACAUUUCUGUUAUGGGGACUUUAUGUUGAAAUAUUGUAUAAAGCAUUUGUAGCAGUUUAAAAAUAAAAUAUUUAAAAUUAUUUAAAUUGUUUUGGACGCUUCAAUUGUAUUAUAUGUGAUUUACAUUUUACAUUUUUUGUUUGAGUUGUUAAUCUGGAGCGUGUUCCUGUAUUGAAGUUUGCUGUUAGUUAUUUUAUUGCUUCUUGUUGGAGAGUGCUAUAAAAGACUAUUCUCAUGAAAACAUUAAAAUUUACAAUUUGACAUACAAAAGGGGUUGUCCAUUGAUUUUAACCAAUGUAGCCUUGAGAGAGAGGUUAAUUAUAGACGAGUGGUGUUUGCUGUUUUUCCUCUUCAGCAUCGAAAUCAUUGGGGCUUGUCAGAUGUAUAAAAAAAAAGGUUUUUUUAUGCUGUUGCUGCAAACACUUAAUAACUAGGGGAGAAUUUAAAUGAUACAUUUUACAUAAUUGUAACCAAUAAAAAACUUUCUAAAA